AUGGUUUUGAAAGUUCUCAUUUGUGGCGGAGGUGUCGCAGGUCCGGCCUUGGCCUACUGGCUCGCCCGAAUUGGUCACCAAGUUGUUAUCGUUGAGCGUUUCCCAGCACUGAGAGCUACGGGUGCCCAGAUCGACCUCCGCGGACAAGGCAUCGAGGCUGUCAAACGCAUGGGUCUCAUCAACGCUGUCCGCAGAAAGCUUGUCGAUGAAGCAGGCGUCUCCGUGAUUGAUGCCAAGGGCAAUGUCAAGGCGAAAAUCCUCGCCAACAAGUCUGGAAAGGGUGGACAAUCCUUGACAUCCGAGUACGAGAUCAUGCGGGGAGAUCUCGUACGCAUAUUCUACGAAGCAACAGAAGACAAAGUGAAAUAUAUCUUCGGCAAAACGGUGGACAGCUUCACGGAAAAUGACCAAGGGGUAGUCGCGUACUUUUCCGACGGCUCUUCCGACACAUUCGACCUACUUGUUGGAGCAGACGGACAGUGCUCGCACAUUCGAAGAAAGAUUCUACCCCCUGGUGCUCCGGACGAAUAUCACCAACUCGGGGUACACAUGGCCUACUGGUUUGUCCCACGGAUUGAAACCGACAGCAAUAUGUGCGAGUCAUACCUCUGCCCGGGCGGCCGAAUGAUCAUGUCAAGAAGCCACAAUAAAACGGAAACACAGGUCUACUUCAUGCUUAGAUCUGACUCUGAGGAACUACGGAAUAUCCCGAAGGGUUCAGUUGGACAGCAAAAGCAUUUUUGGGCCCAAAGGUUUCGCGACGCAGGGUGGCAGGCUGAUCGUUUUAUCGAAGGGAUGAACACUACGGAGAACUGGUUCUGUCAGAAUGUUGUCCAAAUCAGGACAGAUACCUGGCACUCUGGUCGGGUCGUGCUUCUCGGUGAUGCAGCACAGUGCCCUUCUCCAUUGAGUGGCAUGGGGACAAGUGCCAGUCUGGUUGGGGCAUAUAUCCUGGCUGGAGAGCUUGCUCGCAGUGAGGAUCUGUCCCAGGCGUUCCAAAAUUACUCCCAGACAAUGCGACCAUUUAUCGACCAGGUUCAGCAGUCCAACAUUGGGUGGAUCCGAUGGGCGGUCCCCAACUCGCAGUGGGAAAUUUCGCUUGUUCAUCUCAUUAUAGGACUGGCUUGCUUUCUUCGCAUACCGCAGCUCAUAUCACGGUUUUCAGAUGAUGGGGAUGGAGACUGGAAACUCCCUGAGUACCCGGAACUGAUGAAGGCUUUCAGUAAUAUCCACGCUGUCACCUAA